AUGAACAACACGCCAGACCCCAUAAGACCACCACACCAAACCCCUCCAGACUACUCCAGACCACAUCAGACCACACCACAUCACUCCAGACCACACCAAACCCCUCCAGACCACACCAAACCACUCCAGACUACUCCAGACCACAUCAGACACACACACAUCACUCCAGACCACACCAAACCCCUCCAGACCACACCAAACCACUCCAGACCACAUCAGACCACACCACAUCACUCCAGACCACACCAAAACCCCUCCAGACCACACCAAACACACAGACCCCCAGACCAUACCACCCCUCCAGACCACACCAACCCCUCUCCAAACCCCUCCAGACCACACCAAACCCCUCCAGACCACACCAGACCCCUCCAGACCACACCAGACCACACCAGACACGGAAACGGAACACAGAAGGAGGAGAUGUCAACUGCAAGGCCCAAUGGCACCGAGAGGGCAGGCUUGGCACGGAGAUAA